AUGUGGCCAUCGUUUCUCGCCGUCGCUGCUUUCGCUGGUCUGUCUCUGGCCACAUUUGAUAUCAACCUCUCACCUAAUGCCGUGGCCAUCUGCUACUCAGUCUGGCACAGUCUCGGCUACACAGGCCUUCAACCACCUGAUAUUACAGAAAUCGAGCAGGGGCAGGGAGCCUUUGCGCCCCAGGGCGCCUGGCACUUUUGGGGUCGUCCGGAUGGCGGCUACUAUGGCGGAGGCGACCGAGGUGUCCUGGAUCGCCAUUUCGCCCAGAUUUCCGGUGCUGGCAUCGACUUUAUUGUGAUAGAUGCAACGAAUCUGCAGGGCUAUGGAGGGUAUGCUACGGGUAUAUUUACCGAGCCUUCGGACGUGCUUCUAGACGAGAUGAUACGUCAAAGAGCUGCUGCAAAGACCACGCCCUAUGUUGUGUUUUGGGUUGGCACAACGUCUACAAACUCCGAUCCCUCGGCAGUUGGCCGUUUCGUCCAAGAUCGCUACUACAGUAACACCACCUACUCCGACCUCUGGGUCACCUACGAGGGCAAGCCCUUGCUCCUGACGACAGACUCGCUCCCCAACGAGCUAGCCGGCAACUUCACGAUGCGCAAGAUGUGGGGCCUCCAGAGCAGCCUCGCGGACGGCGAAUGGUCCUUUCUUCAGGAUGCCCCUCAAAACGUCGGAACUAUGAAUGGUAUCGCCGAGGAGAUCAGCGUAUGCGUUGCCAAGCAGGCUACGUAUAUAAGCAACAAGGCAACGGCGACACCGCGAAAGCAGGGUCAAACGUUUGCUGACCAAUGGGCAAGAGCCUUUGAGAUCCAUCCCAAGGUCGUUAUGCUGACGUGGUGGAAUGAAUGGAUGGCACAAAGGCAGGCGGAUGAUGGAGAUGGUAAUCCACAGUUUGUCGAUGAAUACGAUUCAGAAUAUUCGCGGGAUAUUGAGCCGCAGGAUCCAGCACAGCCUGAAGGUCAUGGAAGCAAGUAUCUCGACUGGGCCAGGGAAUACAUCUCUGCGUAUAAAGCUAACAGUCCUCUUCCUACUGGACUGACUGGCUACUAA